AUGCAGCUCUCACAUGCUUUCACGACACUUAUGGCCUUUGUUGUUAUUGCUGCAGCGUAUCCAGCACCACAUUUAUUGAUGAGAUCGUUGGCUAGGCACGAAGUGCUUGACUCUAACCUCGAUGUCUACCAAAACACUAGGGCUGUCGGCUCUCCUGGCCCACUCACCCCACACAUCACGCCCAACCCUGCCUCUGAUUCGCCCAACGGAGUUCACAAGCACGCAGAACUUGACUCCAACUUUCCUAUCAGCAGCAAUGGGCCUGAAUCUAGGGACUUCAGCCCUCCCAGUGCUCCCGGCGCGCCCGACUCACCCAACUUGCCCAAGAAGCGCGCCGAGCUUGACUCCAAUUUUCCUAUCAGUAGUAAUACGCCAGGGUCUAGGGACCUCAGCCCUCCAGGCGCACCCGACUCACCUAACACAGCUGACAAGCGCGCGGAGCUUGACUCCAACUUUCCUAUCAGUAGCAAUGGGCCGGACUCAAGGGACCUCAGCCCUCCCAGCGCUCCUGGUGCGCCCGACUCGCCCAACACGCCUAACAAGCGCGCGGGGCUUGACAACACUGCUUGUACCUACCCUACCCUACCUACAGAUCCUAAUUCGUCUAGCAAGCGCGCGGAGCUUGACAACACUACCACAUGUCCUCCCGCACCUACAGCACCUACAACGCCCGAUCAGUCCAGCAAGCGCGAGGAGGUUGGCUCCAACACAACCACCUGUCCUACUGCGCCUACGGGGGGUGACGAGUCUAGCAAGCGCGGGGAGCUUGAUAACACAACCACCUGCUCUCCCGCACCAACAGGGGGUGACGAGUCUAGCAAGCGCGAAGAGGUUGGCUCCAACACAACCACUUGUCCUACCGCACCUACAGGGGGUGACGAGUCCAGCAAGCGCGGGGAGCUUGAUAACACAGCCACUUGCUCUCCCGCACUAACAGGGGGUGACGAGUCUAGCAAGCGUGAUUCCAACACAACCACGUGUCCUACCGCACCCACCCUACCUGCAGGGGGCGACGAGUCUAGCAAGCGCGAGGAGCUUGACUCCAACACGACCACGUGUCCUACUACACCUACCCUACCUACAGGGGGUAAUGAGUCUAGCAAGCGUGAGGAGCUUUACUCCAACGGUCCUGGCACACCCGGUGCGCCUAAGACUAGGGACAUGGGCUUGCCCGACCAGAGCUCUCCCAGCUCUCCCGGCUCUCCUAGCACACCAGACUCGCGCGAUGUGGACUCACUUGACAAGCGUGUAGAGCUGGAUUCCAACGGUCCUGACACGCCCGAUUCGCCGAUGACUAGGGACAUAAGCCACCUCAGUUCUCUCAGCUCUCCCGACUCUCUCGGGUCUUCUAACUCUCUCAGCUCUCCCAGCUCUCCCAGUUCUCCCAACUCACCCGACGGGCCUGACAAGCGCGGAGAGCGUGACUCCAACGGUCCUAGCAGACCUGACUUGCCAAACAAGCGCAUGAAGUUGAAGCUCGACUCUAAUGGUCCUAACAAACCUGAGUUCGACUCCAAUGGCCUCCACGAACCUGAAUCACCAAACACACGCGCGCAGCUCGACUCCAAUGGCCCUAGCAAACCUGAGUUGCCAAACAAGCGCACAGAACUCGACUCCAAUGGCCCUAGCAAACCUGAGUUGCCAAACAAGCGCACGGAACUCGAUUCCAAUGGCCCUAGCAAACCUGAGAUGCCGAACAAGCGCACGGAACUCGACUCCAAUGGCCCUAGCAAACCUGAGUUGCCAAACAAGCGUACGGAGCUUGACUCAAACGGCCCCAGCAAACCUGAGUUGCCAAACAAGCGCAUGAAGCUCGACUCAAACGGCCCCAGCAAACCUGAGUUGCCAAACAAGCGUACGGAGCUCGACUCAAACGGCCCCAGCAAACCUGAGUUGCCAAACAAGCGCAUGAAGCUCGACUCAAACGGCCCUAGCACACCUAACCUUCCAGACAAACGCUUCGGGGGUCCUGAUCAUACGCGCCUUCACUCGGGCGGUCCUGACAAGCCUGAUGGUCCCGAUGGUCCUGACGGGGCUCUAUAG